UUUAAGCGAAUUCACAUUUUCAGAGGAAGAGGCGAAGAAGAAGAAGAAGAAGAAGAAGAAGAAGAAGAAGAAGAUGGGAAGUGAGCUUCGGAACCCUAAAAAGCAGCCACAACUAAACCCUAACUGGGCUCAGCUCUGCAAAAAAUUGAAAAGCCAUGGCACUAAACCAUAUUCAAAGGCGACAGAAAAAUCAGAAUCAGAAACCCCAAAAAGUGUAUUAGGAAAGCGCAAGGAGAGGUCUAAUGCGGAGUCUGAUGAUUCUAUGCCUAACCCUCUCGUUCCAACGUCCUCGGAUUGCAGUUACUUUUUCUCCUUGGUACGGUGUUUUGUUGGCAAUCGAAGUACAAGUGUGACAGAUGCAAUAGCCAUGGAUUGUGAAAUGGUUGGUGUAAGCCCACUAGGAAAUAAAAGCGCUCUUGGACGAGUUACACUGGUUAAUAAGUGUGGAAAUGUCAUAUAUGAUGAGUAUGUUCGCCCAGUAGACCGCGUUGUUGACUUCCGAACAGAAAUUAGUGGCAUCCGACCUCGAGAUUUAAGGAAAGCUAAAGAGUUCCGCCUUGUUCAGAAGAAAGUGGCCGAGUUGAUCAAGGGAAGGAUUCUUGUUGGCCAUGCCUUGCGCAACGAUCUUAGGGCAUUGCUAUUAAGUCAUUCAAAGAAGGAUCUGCGGGAUACCUCAGAAUAUCAACCCUUUCUAAAGGAAGGCCGGAGUAAGGCACUUCGUCAUCUUGCAGCUGAGUUUCUUGGUGUGAAGAUACAAAAUGGAGAGCAUUGCCCUGUAGAAGAUGCCCGUGCUGCGAUGCUUCUUUAUCAGAAAUACAAGAAAGAAUGGGAGAAAAGCAUCAAAGAUUUCAUCAGGCUCAAGGAAAAGCAGAAGAAACGGAAACAGAAGAAGAAACCCAAGGAGGGAGAAGCUGUAAAUUUAAACCAUCCCAAAACUGUAUCUUAGCAUCAAUUGCCUAUUGGAAGCUACAGUAAUGCUUCAGAAGCAGCCUAACCAUAUCAAAUGCUUCAUGAAAACACAUUCAAAUAGUUCUUGUGAUCGAGCAAAACAAAAAGGAAGAACGGAGAAGAGAGAACACAAUUCGCAAUUCCUUUUGCUUCUCUGGCCGCUGAAUCUUUUGUUGGAUUUUUUGUUCUAUUUUACUAGAAGUAUGAAUUGGAUUUGUAUUGAUACUGAUCUUGUAAGCCGAUUGUACUGUAAAGAAAAUUCUUAUUUUAUCGUCACUGGGGAAACUUUUAUCCGAUCCUCAGUAAUUUUGCCCCCCUUAUAUUGGCAUUUGAGAAGACUUGUGCUCUGUUUGUCACUCUUCUACAUUAAAAUAGCCAGAACCAAAGAGUGAUUCCUUGUAAAACAGAUUUUAUAGGGCAAAUGAUCAUUUAUACUUUGUUCCAA